GAUGACAAAUUGUUUGGAAGAAUUUCCUCAAAUAAAAAAGACUAUAUUUCUUUAUCAAGAAAGAUUAAUCCAAUAUUCUGUUGAAAAACGCGAUUUGAUCGUUCUUUGGCAUUUUUUAACGCAAACAAUAGUUCCUUCAGCAAUGCAAGCAGAAUUAACACCAGAAGGGAUUUUAAACGAGAAAAGUACUGCCAAUACUUCUACUUCUGAUCUAAAUAAGAGUGGCUUUUUUGUUGAUUCUUCAAUUAUUAGAGAUUAUUUGGGCGAAUUCUCAGAUCACAAAUUUCCGAAAAUUUUUAUUUUGGAUGGUGAAAAUGAUGACAAAUGUGUGGAAUAUUAUUUGAUAGCCUAUCGUGUUUUAAACGCAACUGCUUGCUUUUUUGUUCGAGCUGAUGAAACACAAAAUGAUACAAUUAAUAAUGAAUUUCUUGAAAAUCUUUCCGAUUUUAUUGACACAAAAAUGUCUUCAAUCGCCUCAACAAUUGGAGAACAAUUUUCAAAUGAAAUAACUGCUAGGCCUAAUUCAAAUUUGGAUAUUCCCUAUCAUUUCAUUUAUUUCAAUCCAGACAGCCUCAGUUUUCGAAAAAGCUUCGCUGCUCCGAUGGUUAUGUCUGCUGAAAAUGCUGUGGUUAAUAAUGCUGUUCAAAUCCUGCCUUCUAGCAUGCAUAGGUUUUUUUUAAUUUUUCUUUUUUUGGGAGUGAAAAUGUCCUGUACCCUUAAACAGACAAAAUGCUCUUUGGAAACGAAAGUCAAAAAACCCUCAUAACAAUAAAUUGCAAAUGUGAGUAAUUUUGUCAAGCUUUCUAGCUUUAGAACAUGUGACAAGGGUAUCCGAAAAUUUCGUUGCGGUCAGGAUAUUAGAGAAUUUCCCAGGAUACGGCAACCCUUUUAUACUUGGGGACAUUUUGUCACCGAUUGUCUAUAAGCCUAUUUAACUAAUGUCUUUUGUUGGUUCCCUGAGAGUAUCUUAUGUUAGUUGGGGUUUCGAAACUGACCAGCACCUUUACAUUAUCUAGCCUAAAAUUGGAGAGACCUCAUAGGUCGUUUUUUACAUUUUUGAAAAAUAUUUUUACUAAAUUUUUGUUUACGUUCUCUUCGUUUUAAGUGCAUCUCCCUUCCUUUCUGACACCUUUUUUUAAUUAAAAAAAAUUUUUUUUUGUUCAAGAUUAGUCUACGAAUCCUAUGAUAAAUUUAUCUCUGAAUGUUCUACAACUUCCUCUUUAAUUUCUCAAUUAUACAUCAAAGCAGAUAAUGAUUGGUGGAUAGUUUUUAAACGAAUGGAACGUCGUUUUUUGGCACUCUUUUUACCUCAACAAUAUUCAGCUACUACAACAAUUGCAGAUAUACAAGAAUGUGUUGAUGGAAUAAUUCAAUCAAGAUUUCCAAAUUUGUUUAUUUCCUAAUGUUUUUGAAGGUCUUUUUUGUUUAUUUUGUGUAGCUAGAGAUACCAGGGGUGUGCCAUUUCGCCUUUUGUCUUUCGCCCUUUUUUGAUGUGAGAAAAUCCACACAUUCUUGUAUAUCUGCAAUUGUUGUA